AAAAAAAAGAAAAAAAAAUCCAAAACGACGCCCUAACAAACGACGCCGGCGAUCUAUUUCACUUUCCCGAGAAAAUUAUCAUCCAAUCUGAUACACGGAAUCGCUUCUUCCUUUCAAGAUUCAUCUCUUACGAGCGCUCUGUUUGAUCUGUGAAGAUUUGUUUGGUAGAUUAGGGUUCCUUUUGUCCUGUGUAGUUUCGAGAUCGAAGAAGAUAGAUUGUGAUGAAUGAUAACAAUAACAACAGAGGAAGAUUCCCACCGGGUAUUGGAGCUCCGGAUCCUAAUUACCAGUCACGGAAUCCGAAUCCGCCUCAACAGUACCUUCACUCUCGGACUCCGUUUCCCCAACAGUAUGUACACUCUCGGACUCCCUUACCUGAUGCUCAGCAGCAGUACGUUCAGAGAGGCUACCCUCCUCAGCAGAUCCAACAACAGCAGCAGCAGCAGCAGCAACAGUGGUCUGCACGCGCUCAGCUUCCUGCUAAUCCCAGCUAUGUAGAUGAAGUCGAGAAGACUGUUCAAUCUGAAGCUAACAACGACUCCAAUAACCAGGACUGGAAGGCAACGUUAAAACUUCCACCUCGAGAUAACCGUUACCAGACCGAGGAUGUGACUGCCACUAAAGGAAAUGAAUUUGAGGAUUACUUUUUGAAGAGAGAUCUGCUAAGAGGGAUAUAUGAAAAGGGUUUUGAGAAGCCUUCUCCUAUCCAGGAAGAAAGCAUUCCUAUUGCUUUGACUGGUAGUGAUAUUCUCGCUAGAGCCAAAAACGGGACUGGAAAGACUGGUGCCUUCUGCAUACCUACCCUUGAGAAGAUAGACCCUCAGAACAAUGUCAUUCAAGCUGUAAUUCUAGUCCCAACCCGAGAGCUGGCCCUUCAGACGUCACAAGUUUGCAAGGAGCUUUCAAAAUACUUGAAAAUUGAGGUUAUGGUCACCACUGGAGGUACCAGCCUGAGGGAUGAUAUCAUGCGUUUAUAUCAACCUGUCCAUUUGCUGGUUGGAACUCCUGGAAGGAUUUUAGAUCUUACCAAAAAGGGUGUGUGCGUUUUGAAAGAUUGUGCUAUGCUUGUAAUGGAUGAGGCCGACAAGCUUCUGUCUGCAGAAUUUCAACCUUCUAUAGAGGAGUUGAUACAGUUCUUGCCGCAAAACCGUCAGAUUCUGAUGUUUUCAGCUACAUUUCCUGUCACUGUGAAGUACUUCAAGGAUCGAUAUCUCAGGAAGCCUUACAUUAUCAAUCUCAUGGACCAGCUCACACUUAUGGGUGUCACACAGUAUUAUGCUUUUGUUGAAGAGAGACAGAAGGUGCACUGCCUUAACACGCUUUUCUCUAAGCUGCAAAUAAACCAAUCCAUUAUCUUCUGCAAUUCUGUCAACCGUGUGGAGCUGCUAGCCAAGAAAAUCACAGAACUUGGUUACUCAUGCUUUUAUAUCCAUGCAAAGAUGGCUCAAGACCACCGUAACAGGGUUUUCCAUGAUUUCCGCAAUGGUGCAUGCAGAAACCUUGUUUGCACUGAUUUGUUUACACGUGGAAUUGACAUUCAAGCUGUGAAUGUGGUCAUUAAUUUUGAUUUCCCGAGGACUUCUGAGUCGUAUCUACACAGGGUAGGUAGAUCAGGAAGGUAUGGACACCUUGGGUUGGCUGUGAAUCUGGUAACAUAUGAGGACCGCUUCAAAAUGUACCAAACUGAGCAAGAACUUGGAACCGAAAUCAAGCCAAUUCCGUCACUUAUCGACAAGGCAAUCUACUGUCAGUAACUUCAUCUAGCCGGUGUUUAGAGGAGGCAAAUCAUUCAGCUUUGGCAGUUACGAGCUCGUUCCAGAGAUGAAGGCAACACACUCAGAGCACUGUACUGGGGCAAGAAGAAGGCAUUAUGGAUAAUAGCGGUUGGUUUAUAUCUGAACCUUUCAACCAGAGGACCGGUGGUUUGGUUCACUUUGAAGAAUUCUUCUGCAUGAUGUGAAUCUUUCAAGUGACCUUCUCUUUUUUUUUUUUUGGUCAGUUCAAGUGACCUCGCAACUUUCGUUUUCAUAUUUUAAGAACCCGUUUACCCUUUUGAGUGGGAUUUGGGUGUUUGAUGACUCUUCUUGGUCUUUUCUGAUUUAAGACUUGAAUUCUAGUUUCCUAGUAGUAAGAUCAAAACCGAAGACGAUUUUUCUACACUUUCUAUUGCUCCUAGUUUCACCUGUGUCUGGGUCUUUGUAUGAUGAGUCUACCUAGAAUUGUGUGAGCCAAUCCGAGCAUCAACAUGUUAGAAUUUACAGAUUAGAUGUGAAACUGUAAUCAUACAUGCUUUGACCUUGAUCUUCUUUUACACACAAAAUCACCAAUAUAUAAACAAAAAAACAAGUCACACAAAAAGAGAGAUGAACAAUCACAAGCAAUGACCUAAGAAACAACUUAGAAACAUCCACAAGUUGCCUUGGGUACAACACCGGUGGCUCUGUACUUGGCAGCCAUUUCUUCAGCUUUAAGAAGCUCCUCUCCUCUUUUAGCUUCAACCAUUGCUCUUUUUUCUUCGGCUUGUUUGUGAAUCGCAGCCACUUUGUUCUUCAUUUUCUCACCGUACUCUGCCUUCUUCUUCUCCAAUUUUUCUUCAAUCUUCCUGAGUUGGGCUUCAAUGGCUGCUUUCUGGCUGUUCUCCCAAGCAAGCACAUCAGAUACCUUCUUUUGUGCCCUGUCCAUUUUCAUCAUUACUUGAUGAUUAUCUGGCAAAAAUGGUAAUGUUUUUUGGGUAAGAAGAUCAAAAGCAUUUAAGGAAAGUUUACUUGUUCUCUGCUUUUGACUUCUCACUCUCUUCCCAUGCUUUGAUGAAUGAAGUUUUCUUUUCUUUUUCCAAGUCUGCAAGUUUCACAUCUGACCAAGAUACAUAUCACAUUUUAGUAUCAACUAAGUAACAAAAAAAAAGUAGUCCACAAAAAAGUAGUCCACAUAAACAAAAACAAUGGCUCACCUCUAUCGACUGAACCAGAUGAACUUUUCUUUGGUGUAGGCUCCUCAAUGGGUUCUGCAAGAAACUCAUUUAUUAGUAUUACACAUUGACACAUUGUUAAUGUAAUGAUCCAACACACCCACUUUUAAUACAAUCCGUAAAGAACAUAAGUAUGGCAAAAUAGGAUUAUAAUGAUAUUCUUCUCUAAUCCUCUUAUUAGCAAAAGAAAAACAUGUUUUACUAAUACGAAUGUGUUUUACUUAGUAAAUCUUCUCAAUCAUAUAUAUUACCAUGCCUCGCCAUGCGUAUGAGCGACACUAAAAAAGAUAGCUACAUCUACAUACAAAACAUACAACCAUUUCCUCUUAACUAGUUAUUACUUAGUGAAGAGAAUAAACCUUUAGUGUUACAAAUAGACCGAAGAGUUACAUCAAUGUUAAAAAGUAAGAUUAACAUUGAGAUUUCACUUUGUUUUUUCUUCGUUUUGUAGUCAAAAGAUAAAAAGUAUCGUUCUUUUAAUCAGUUGUGAUCAUAAAAAAAUUCUUCAACCCUUAGCUAUUUUAUGUCAUCCCCUAUAAGACUCUUGGUAUUCUGCAAAAUGUUGUCCCCUUAACUAUAAACCCUUAGUUUUAAAGUAUCUGAAUAUUUUUGACAUUCUUUGUGCACUAAAAACACUUGGAAUGUCUAGGGUAAUAUAACAUAUGGUGAUAGGUCGAAUUUUGUUGAUAUUUCUUAAAUUGUUGAGCUUCACUGUGUAUUUUGUUAUUGUCUUAGCUUACAUUUUUAUAGAUUUUCAAGGAUUCUUUUCUAAACCAAUGUUGAUUAUUAAUUUGUUGGCUAUUUCAAUAUCAUAUGAUAUCGUUUGAAUUUUUUUUCUUAAAUCCAAAAACAUAUAUAUAUAUAUCAAAUAUAAGAAUAAAAAUAAUUUCAAAUUUUCUUUUGGUCCAACAUCUUAAGAAAUUUUUUCUUAGAUAGUCUUUUUAAUUUAUUUUCACAAAAAUAACCCUCAAAAAGGAAAAUGACCAAAAUAAGAUUUUGUUAAAAAGUAAAUAUGUAUUUAUACCCUUGAGUUAACUAAUGUAGACUUAGUAUUUAGAGUUAAAGGAUGAGUUUUGGGUUUAGGAUUUCAAAUUUAAAAAAAUAUAAAAUAAAUAUUACAAAUUUCAAAAUAAAAAAGGACUAUUUUGUUCAUUUUAUUUUUUGAAUGUUAUUUUGUAAUAUAAACUUAAAAAGCUAUUUAAGAGAAUUAUCCAAAUCCUAAUCCCCGUAAAACCCAAAAAUAAACUGUUAUAAUAUAAUAGUUGGAUUUUUUUUAAAUAAUUAUUCAUAUAAUAUAAACAAUUAAAAAAUACAAUUUUAGGUUCUGAUAUAUUUCAAAUGAUCUCUUAGAUAGCAUGCCACUACUUUUAAUCACUUAUUUGACUAGGUGUUUUGCCCGCACUUGCGGGCAUAAUUCUCUUAUGAAUAUUUAUUAGUUGAUGUUUCAUUAAUUUAAAAAUUAACAUAAUAAGUUAUUAUUUAUGUUCUCAAAAUGUAAAAAUCAAACAUCAAAUAAUUAUCAAUGACAAAACUCAAACAUCAGAAAUAUUUAAAAUAAUAUAUUUCUAUAACUAUUUUUCUUGAUUUAUAUUUAAUUAUAAUAUUUAAAUCUUAAUUUAAAAUUUUAUAUUACAUAUUUUCAAGAUAACAAUAUAAUGCAUAA